AUGCUCUUCAAUAGCAGCUCCAACCAAGCCAGUUUAGUUCUCAAUCCAGUUCUCCACCUCCCCAGCACCCUACCCAUCCAUUCCCGCCGCCGCAAUGAUCCUCCGCCUCCCCCCCUCCCCUUCUGGGCCGCCCUGGCGCCCCUCACCCUCGCCGCCAGCGCUUCCAUAACCUACCCAGCAACCAUCGAAACCGACCUCCUCUUCCCCCUCAACGCAACCUACGACAGCAACCCCACCUCGCCGCCCAUCAUCGUCGGGAUCCAGAACGGCCAGGCCGCCUACGCGUAUGAAUGGAGCAUCCGCUAGGCGGUCUGGGCCGCCUCCUUCCCCUCGUCGGAGAUCCCGGGUAUGGGCGGUUUCGUGGGGUCGCGGGCGAGGAUAACGGGCAGGUGGAUUGUAUUUGGGAGUUUCUUGGUACGGGGAAGUAUGAGACGGAGACGUGCUUGUCGGCGUUUAAGAGGGCGGAUCCGGAGUGGCCUAUGGAUAUAGACUGUUCUCUAAAAUAUUACCCCACCAACCUUACACAGCCUUCCCAAGUACCCAACUCUAUAACACUAUACUAAACUGGUAACGUAUUUGUUCCAGCCCAACCGUGAACUGAGCUGGUUCAUGAACUAGCCGGCCCAACUAGAAGUAGGAG